AUGCCGGCCACGCCGCAGCUCGUUAUUUUCGCUGCUUCGCGGCUCGACAGGUCCAAUUCCAAAGUGGGUCCUGCCGUGUGGGUCCGUUUCGAAUACGAUCUAGUCCUGAUCGGGAAUGUGUUUCGUACCGGCAACUACCUUGUCGCAUUUGUGCAGAACAACAUCGCAGUGAUGGAUUGGGCAGAAGGUAACCAGCACCACCGGCCCCCCGGCCCGGACGACCUCCUCUUCCAAAACCUCCUCAGCGCCGAAUGGAUCAUCUACUCCUUCUACCAACAAGCCGUGAACCUCUACACUCCAUCCUCCUUCACCUCCCUCGGCUACCCCAACAACACCUACGACCGCAUCGCCCAAAUCCGCAACAACGAAGCCGGCCACAUCCGCAUCUUCCAAAACCAAAUCUCCAAUACCUCCGUGACUCCAGGCCCGUGUCAAUACAACUACAACCUCACCGCCGAGGACCCUGCAACCUUCCUCGCCUUACAGGUCUAUAUCGAAGUAAACAGCAUGGCAUUCCUAACGGGUUUAGUUCGUCAAGCAGAAACCCUAGAUACGAGAUCUGCACUGGUGGCCAUCGCCUCCGUCGAAACAAGACAUAAUACCUGGUCUUUGAUUGAUAUCUGGGAUGUACUUCCCUUCUCUGGACCCUCGGAUACGAUAUAUCCCUAUCCGAAUCAGAUCUUAUCACUUACCAACGAGUUCGUUAUUCCGGGUUCUUGUCCUACGGAGAAUCCGGAGUAUCCGUUUCCGAACCAGCAUUUACCGUCUAUUUCUCUCAAUACUACACAUACUUCGACUUCGACUUCGACAAUGACCGGCCAACCUGGCUCUACUAUCCAGCUUAUAUUUAAUGGGGAGGUGAAGAUUGAAGAAGGGAGGGAAUACUACGCUGUGUUUUUUCAUGGUGUGCAGGUUGUUAGUGUGUUGUUUGAGUUUGGGACGAAUGAGACGGUGGUUCCGGGGUGCUUUGAUAGGGAGGCGGGUAUUGUGGCGUUGGUUAUUGCGGAUGAGGUGGGCGCUCCCACGGAGGAGAGUGUGGUGGCGGGUCCGUUGUUGCUUUUGGAGCAGCCGGGGGUGUUGACGACGGUUAUUAGUUAA